AUGCUGCCGCAGCAUCACGAUGCAAGACGGAAUCAUCCUGCACUGGAUCCUCCCCCCAACGGAGCCAAUGAAUCUCAUAUUCCCUCUUUUCGGCCUCCAUUUAGCGGAGGAGAAGGUCUCGCAGGAUCUGACCUUUUGAGACUUCAUCGAAAACACUCGAAGCAGUGGACUGAUAAAUUUCGCAAGGCCAUCGGAGUCAAGGGGAGAAAUGACCAUAGCUCGCAAGGUUCUGCUUUUCUUGACUGGUCUCUAAGCGAAGGACUAAGAUCCUUGAACUUGAACAAGGGGAAAAAUCCCGCCGUCGGUGUUUCGAGCAAUGGUGCUACGGUGCUACGGAAAGCGAGAAAGCCACCAGCGACAAAGGGGUUCAUGAGAAAGAUACGAUCAAACGAUGCCAAGAUCUCACCAAGCUCUACUGUUGUGGUUUCCGACACCUCUCUGCAGCAGCAUCAAUCGUUCCAAGAUCUCACCAGUGUUACCGAAUCAGAUGACUCGAGCGAGCAGGAUGAUAUAUGGUCAUCCACUCACAGCAGUAGACUGGCAAGCCCAGAUGAUAAUCUGACAGGGAAGACAUCAAUCGACUCUCGUAUCUCUGGCUCACCCUCAGCAAAAGGAAGCCCAAGGAGGAAAUUGAGUCGUCGCAGUCGCUGGACCAGAUCCAGCCCAGAAGGCGCAGGGCUGGGAACCAUCGAAGAAACGGCGACGGACAAACCGAAGCCAACCAUUCUGACAGUGGAAAAAGCUGCUGCUGCCAAGAUAUAUCUCGAGACUCACUUUAAUGAGCUCUGCGGUGAAUCACAGCGCCGCUUGAUCAGAUGCCAGGAAUUUGCAGAGCGGCAAUUCAAAGAAGGUCUUCUUUAUGGCUCCAAUCUCGCCUCUGGAAAUAGUGCCGUUGACUACAGCACCUUCUUUUACUCGGAAAGCUGUCGACUGAGAGACAUACGGGCGUUGAAAUCCAAAUGCACGCUCCAAGCUAAACAACAAAACGUAAGCCCCUUUGUGUCCAAGUAUGAGCCGCUCAAGGUAUUGGGCAAAGGCAGCUUUGGAGUUGUCAGGCUAGUACGUGAGAAAUCAGCCUCACCGUAUAAUUUCUCAAAUCAAAUCUAUGCGAUGAAAGUCAUACGAAAGUCCGAUAUGCUUCGAAGCAGCCAAGAAGGUCAUCUGCGCGCCGAGAGAGAUUUUCUCGUUUCUUGCGAAGGAUCCACCUGGGUGGUCCCGCUGAUUGCAAGUUUCGAAGACAUGUCAAAUCUAUAUCUUGUGAUGGAGUACAUGCCAGGUGGCGACUUUCUGGGGCUGCUGAUUCGAGAGAACAUACUGCACGAGGCUGUAGCAUGUUUCUACAUUGCUGAAAUGAUUCUGGCCGUUGAAGAGACCCAUCGCCUUGGGUUUAUCCAUCGUGAUAUCAAGCCUGACAACUUUCUCAUCUCUAGCUCGGGGCAUCUUAAAAUCUCCGAUUUUGGGCUUGCGUUUGAUGGAAAGUGGCCUCAUGACGCGUCAUAUUACAAUUACCAUCGAUACGCACUGCUUCGGAAACUCAACCUUGAUGCUCAAGGCGAUGAAAAAGACCAGGAAGGUUGCAAAAGCGUUCAGUCGCAGGUCGAGAAAGCUCAAGCCCUGGCCGCUGAAUUCGGGCGGCAUGACGAGCGGAACCUAGGAAGUGAUCCCGAUCUCGCUGCUAUCCUGGGGUGGAGGAACACGCGGAGCAAUCGUACGAGAGCCAACUCUGUCGUGGGCACAAGUCAAUACAUGGCCCCCGAGGUGAUUCAAGCACAAAACUUCCAGACCUACUACGACGACGAAGGCAGAAAGCCUACAAAGCAAAAUAUCUUGGCUCAUAGAGAAAAAUUUCGCUUUCCCAUGAGACCCCUCGUCAGCGAUAGAUGCAAAGACUUAAUCUACCGCCUGAUUCAGGACAAAGAACAUCAACCAGGAGUAGCGGCAACAACCGGCAUGUAUGGUAGAUACAUUUUCCCCGACGAUGCCGAGGAUAUCAAGGCGCAUCGGUUCUUCAAAAGCGUGCCGUGGGAUACCCUUCAAAACACAGCGCCACCCUUCGUCCCUCAUAUUGACAGCCUUGAAGACACUCACUAUUUUGAUGAAUCAGAACCUCUUGAUGAUCGAAUCGAGUCGGUGGCUGAAAAGCCUGGGCUAACAGAUGAAGAAGUUCGGUUUAUUUUGCGAGAGUUUAGACCGAGCAUACAGAACGUGGCGAUUCGGAUGAUUCACGCCCCAUAUGAUUCAGGGGCUCUCCGCAGCAGGGACUUGGAGAUUGACUCGGUGAGUACGUUUCUGGACGAAGAGAAGGAGCUUUUGAAAAGGUUCAUGAGGGAGUACGGGCGGAGAGUACCCAAGCGACCACGAGACAUUAUUCUACGAGACGAUAACAUGAAGGGUACUGCCAUGGAGGUAAGAAAGCAGAGCGCCUUUAUGGGUUACGAAUGGCAUAGCGUGAGGAAGAAGGCAUAUUGA